AUGGACCGUCUAGCCGUGAUUUCUGGGCAUCUGUGUCCCCCAAAGCGCGACGAAGAAGAGCAGCAAGAUGCACGGACUGUCGCGCCGUCACCAACGUUGUCGUUGAUUAACACAGCCGAUCCGCCGUCAACUUUCACCCAGGCCCAGCCGGCCACCGCCUUCCCGCCGUCAAAGUCCGACUACUUCGGCCUGAACGACCUGCUGACACCCGAUCAGCAGGCUCUCCGGCUGCGAGUCCGAGAAUUUAUGGAGAGAGUCGUCGCUCCCGUCGCACCAGCUGGCUAUGGGUGUCCAGGCUUGUCAAUGACAGCAGCAGGGAUAGCUGCAGCGGAGCUGGCUCGAGUGGAUGCGAGCUGUGCCACCUUCAUUCUCGUGCACAGCUGCCUUGGCAUGCUCACCAUUGCCCUGUGUGGCAGUGAGGAGCAGAAGCAGAGGGAUCUUCCACAGCUGGCAGAGCUAAAAAAAGUUGCUUGCUGGGGCUUGACAGAGCCCGACUAUGGCAGUGACGCCAGUGCUCUCACCACCACGGCUCGCAAGGUGCAGGGCGGAUGGGUGCUCAAUGGUUUCAAGCGGUGGAUUGGCAACAGCACCUUCGCUGACGUCAUCAUCAUCUUUGCCCGCAACACAUCGACCAAUCAGGUCAACGGUUUCAUCGUGCGCAAGGGUGCAAAGGGGUACAGUGCGGUGAAGAUGGAGAACAAGAUCGGGCUGCGGAUAGUGCAGAAUGGGGACAUCACCCUCAAAGACGUGUUUGUGCCGGACUGUGACCGCCUCCCAGGAGUCAGCUCCUUCCAGGACACUAACAAGGUCCUAGCAGUAUCGCGGGUGAUGGUAUCCUGGCUCCCCGUCGGCAUGAGCAUGGGCAUAUACGACAUGUGCCUGCGCUACCUGCAGCAGCGCUCGCAGUUCUCCGCGCCGCUCGCCUCCUUCCAGCUGUGCCAGGAGAAGCUCGUGCGCAUCCUGGGCAACGUGCAGGCCAUGUCGCUGCUCGCCUGGCGGCUAUCCCAGCUGUACGACCAGGGGAGGAUGACGGCCGGGCAUGCCAGCAUGGCCAAGGCCUGGAUCACUCUCCGAGCACGCGAAACGGCCGCUUUGGGCAGGGAGCUGCUGGGUGGAAACGGCAUUCUGGCAGAAUUCCUAGUGGCCAAGCACUUCUGCGACUUGGAGCCAAUCUACACGUAUGAGGGCACGUACGACGUGAAUGCGCUUGUGACGGGGCGGGAGGUGACAGGGAUUGCAAGCAUCAAGGCGCCUCCUGCUCGCAAGGCCAAGGACAGUGGCAAGGGCAUGCUGUGA